AUGGUACCAAAACAUCGAUAUUGGUCAUCAACAAUUAUUCGUAUUGCACUGGGUUUAUCUGCCAUGGUUUUUAAUGAUGGUUAUAUCUCAUUGAAUAAGUUAUUUGUAUCUAUAUUUGGUGCUAUGGGUCAUUAUACAACUGAAUGCUUUGGUAGAUUGGAUGAAAUCAGAAAACAUACUGCGUUCAAAGAAAAAACCAGGCGACGAAAACUAUCAAAAAUAAAAACAACUACUAUGACAGGUUCCAGCGGGAGCGAUGAUGAUGGUGUGUUGUACAUGAUAAACGAUGACUAUGUUGGUGAUUAUUCAGAUGAUGAUUCGAAAAUAGAUGAAUCAGCGGAGAGUGAAGAGGGUGAAAGUGAAGAAGACGAUGCUUAUGAGGCAGGCGGUGACGACUGA